AUGCCCAGAAUAAGUGUAAGGGCUUGUCUUGUGCCAGACUGCCAAGCAGCAACACGGGCGUUUGUUGCACUUCUGCACACAGCCAAGCCGAUAAUUCAGGCCGGGGUAAGUCAGCGUCUCCAGGAGCUCCGUCGACACCCUUUCUGGAAUGAAGACAACAAAGCAUACAGACAGCAGAAUGCAAGUGCUUUCACCUUGGCGUAUUCCCGGGAGUUCUCAGACGCCGACGACGCUGCGGCCAAGACGGUCGCCACGAAGACGGACCGGACGCCAGUCUUCGUCCACAUUCUCUGCCUCGAAGUAUCCUGCCACGUCCUGCAGGAAAGCGGAGCCCGCGUCGUGGACCUGCGAAGCGACACUCUGACGCAGCCUUCCCCGGCCAUGAAGGCGGCGAUGAUGGCGGCGCCUCUCGGGGACGACGUGUUCGGCGAGGACCCGACCGUCAUCGCCCUGCAGGAGAAAGUGGCGAAGUUGCUUGAGAAAGAGGCUGCUCUGUUCGUCCCGACGGGCACGAUGGGGAACCUUAUCUGCGUGCUAAAUCACUGUCGGAACCGCAGUAGCGAAGUAUUGCUCGGUAACCUGAGUCACAUUCACGUCUCUGAACAAGGAGGUGUAUCCCAGCUGGGUGGUGUGCAUCCUCGGACUUUAAGAAAUCUCUCAGAUGGCACCUUCAGCUUGGAAGAACUCCGGCAGCUGGUUCGUGGGGACAAGUUACAGUGGCCUGUGACGUCAUUAGUCUGCGUGGAGAACACCCACAACAUGGCUGGCGGAAGGGUGGUGCCUCUCGGCUGGCUGGACGAGUUGGGCGCUACAUGCAGGGCACUUACGCUACCAGUGCACAUGGACGGAGCCAGGCUGAUGAACGCCGCGGCGGCGCUGGAGGUGCCCCCGGCUAGGCUGGUGCGCGACUGCGCCUCCGUCUCCGUCUGCCUCAGCAAGGGCCUCGGGGCGCCGGUCGGCUCCGUGAUCGCCGGGACCCAGGACUUCAUUCGCGGGGCUCUCCGCUUGCGAAAGGCCCUGGGCGGCGGCAUGCGGCAGGCGGGGGUCCUCGCGGCCGCAGGAAUCUACGCCCUGGACCACGUGAUGCCCGCCCUCGCCCGGGACCACGCCUUCGUCCGGACCAUCGCUCGGGCCGUUAAUGCCCUCGGAAGCAAAGUCAUCAAGGUAGACCUUGAAGGCGUCCAGACCAACAUUCUGCAUCUCGAGUGUGACCUCAAGUACGUCAGGCCUGAGCAGGUGUGCAGGCGGCUGCUGGAGGUAAACAAAGACGAAGCAGCAGAGAUUGGAGAACAGGUCGUAUUACGGGCACAGCCCAUGACGGAGUCUGCAGUCCGCCUGGUCGUCCACUGCGACAUCACGCCUGAAGACAUUCCGCCUGUGACUAAGAAAUUGGCUUACGUCAUCAGAGAAUUCGAAAAUAAGUGAAAUUCCUUUAUUAUCCAUCAAUACAUGGUAACGUGAAGAGAAAGUGUCAAUAGAGAUUUCGAGAAUGAG